GAUGUUAAAAUAACAGAAAUCACAUGUUAACAUAUGAAAGGUUUUUCUCCCAUGAGAUUGACUUUCACAUUGAUUUCCAUUGAUUGUUGUGAUUAUUAAUUUUCUAUUCUAAUUUUUUACUACAACGUGUUUAGAUAAUUUUCUAGGUUAACAGGUCAACAAUUAAGAACCGGAUUAAGUAACGAAAAAGGGGAACCCGGACUUUGACUUGACCCAAAAUAAAUUGUUGUUAUUCAACUUGUUGGCUGUUUGAUUCUCAUCCUUUUACUUGGCUUCAUCUUAAUCAUGCCUCCAUUGGAUAACAAUUGGUUAAUCAAAAUGUUCGGUCGUGUCACUUUCUAUCCAACUUUGGUUUACAAUGUGAUGAUGGAGAAAAUGUCAUCAAGAAGAUGGUUUGAUCGGAUUGAUGAAAAUGUUAUUCUCGGAGCUUUACCAUGGAGAAGUAUAACCAAUCAGCUGAUCCACGAGGAAAAAGUCAAAGGCGUUGUCUCUAUGAACGAAAAUUUUGAGCUUCUAUUUGGAGUGACCACUAGGAAAGAAUGGAACAAAUUAAAUGUUAAAUUCUUACAAUUAAACACAGCUGAUAUUUUCCAUGCUCCAAGUCAGGAGAAAAUUCAAAAAGGUGUUGAAUUUAUCCAACAAUUCGAUGGGACCGAGAAUAGUGUUUAUGUCCAUUGUAAAGCUGGAAGAACUCGAAGUGCGACUUUGGUUGCUUGUUAUCUAAUUGAGAAAUACAAUAUGACACCAAAGGAAGCGGUCGAUUUCAUUGCCUCCAAACGACCUCACAUUCUACUUCGAUCUGCCCAAUGGUCAGCGAUCGAUACUUUUUACUCUGAUAAAAACUUUAAAUCUCUCGAUGGUCCAUCUUGAUGAUGAUUAGUUAAUCAAUCAUUUAUUUCUCAUCAAAUUUAGUCAAUCAACUGAUGUGCCUACAACUUAUUUAAUUUAUCAUAAGUUUAAUUAUGUAAAAACAAAGUCAUUACCCUUAAUCAUAAUUGUUACAUUUUCUCAGCGACUUAAUUGCUUCUUCAAUAAUAACGAUUUAAAGCAAUAA